AUGUCGUCGUCGUCGACUGCCGCCGAACCGCUCAAGAACGUCGUCGUCGUGGGCGCCGCCUCGGGCAUCGUGACGGCCAACCUGCUCGCGUCCAAGCUGCCGCCCACGCACCGCCUCGUCCUCAUCGAGGCAAACGAGGUGGCCUUCUGGCCCAUUGGCGCCCUCCGCGCCGCCGUCGAGCAGGCCUUUGAAAAGGAGAUUGUCGCACCCCUCACCCACCUCUACCAGGACCACCCGCGCCACGUCGUCCUCAACAAGACCCGCGUCGUCGGCCUCGAACCCAACGCCGUCAUCGUCGACCGCCUCGCACCCGAGCACCUCGACCUGGCCGCCUCGGGCACCCCCGCCGCUGGGGCGUCCGAGCGGAACGGAGGAGGGCACCGGAUCGAGUUUGACCGCGCCGUCUUGGCCCUCGGAUCGUCCUACUCGUUUCCGUCGCGCACUGUGGCGCCCGAGGAGGCCAAGAUCCUGGAAUCCUUCCAGACGGCGCAGAGGGAGAUCGAGGCCGCACAGCACCUGCUCGUCAUUGGCGGCGGUCCCGUCGGAGUCGAGUUUGUGGGCGAGGUGCUGGAACGCCACCCGCAAAAGGCGAGCGGCAUCACGCUCGUCACCAACAGCAACCGCCUCGUGUCCAAGGACGGCAAGCAGGAGGGCGUCCACGACAAGCUGCUCAGCCAGCUCCAGAAGAAGGGCAUAAACAUCGUGUUCGAGGACGAGGUCGACUUCGGCGACGUCCCCUUGCGCACCGGCGCCGUCGAGGGGGGCCGCAAGACGUUCAAGACCAAGAACAAGGGCGUCGAGAUCCACGCCGACUACCUCCUCGACGGGACGGGCGGCAAGCCCAACACAUCGCUCGUCGCCUCGGUCGACGCGUCGGUGCUCAACGGCGUGGGCGCCAUCAAGGUCGAUGCGGCGCUACGGGUCAAGUCGGACGGGUCGUCGUCGGCCUUUGACUGGUCCCGCUACCUCGCCACGGGCGACUGCAACGACCUCCCCUGCGCCAAGACGUGGUUCGCCGCCGAGGGCCAGGCCAAGACGGCCGCCCACAACGUCCUCGAGCUCAUCAAGGCCGAGGGCGGCCCGACGGCGUCGCACCCAAAGGUCCAGGACGCCAGCAUCCCGCCCAACAUGAUUGUCGUCCCCCUCGGCAAACGCGGCGGCGCAUCGCAGCUGUUUUUCGUCUCGCUCGGCGGCUGGUUCACCAGCUUGGCAAAGGGCAAUAGCCUCUUUGUCUCGCAGUUCAAGGGCUACUACAGGUAG